UUCGCUUGGACACUUAAUCUUCAAUAAUAGAUUCUUAUCGAUGAGCAGCUCCCCACAUACGCAUUUACCUCGAAAUUUUCCAACUUCCGUGCUCCGUUGAGCCUAUCACGUGGGGCUCUGCCGUUAUGUCAGCAAAGUAGCCACCUGAGCCACACCCAGCCACAGUUAAAACAAACGCUGCUAUCGAUAAUCAUUCUUUUGCCAGUCAUUGAACGCCACCAACUCUUCACAUCCUGCUUGCUCUGGGUACCCGCGCCAUUUGAGCUAGGAUAGCAGCACAUCAAUAUGCCUCCUCCGCAGAUCAAACAAGACUUGAACCGAUCAGGAUGGGAGACAACCGACUUUCCCUCUGUUUGCGAAACUUGCCUACCCGAUAAUCCGUACGUACAGAUGCUGAAGGAGGACCAUGGCGCAGAAUGCAAAAUUUGCACUCGCCCUUUCACCAUAUUUCGCUGGAAGGCGGACCGCACGGCACGCACCAAGAGAACCGCGAUCUGCUUAACAUGCGCACGUCUGAAGAAUUGUUGCCAGUGCUGCAUGCUCGAUUUGUCAUUUGGACUGCCGAUUGUCGUCCGUGAUGCCGCGUUGAAGAUGGUUGCCCCGGGCCCCGAAAGCACAAUCAACCGUGAAUACUAUGCACAGGAGCACGAGAAGGAAAUCGAAGAAGGACGCGGUGCGGUCGAAGCGUAUGAGAAAACAGACGAGAAGGCGCGAGAACUCCUCAGGAGACUAGCAAACAGCGAACCCUAUUAUAGAAAGCCUCGGCAACUCGAGGCGCCGCAGGAUGAGGAGAGCGAGAAACCGUCGACGGACGCGCCGGUGGUACACAGCCGUUAUGGCAAUGGCCCAGGACCCAUCCGCACGGCUGAGAGCAGGAGGGGUACGACUUUACCUGGACGAGGACGCGGAAAUAUGCGUGGUGGCCGUGGUGGUCGUCCGUUUCCCGGCACGGCUCAACUGCCACCCUCCCAAGAGGAUAUUCUCCCGCCUGCGGAUCCUAAUGUUACGUCCCUCUUUGCCACCGGUGUUGAGGAUGACCUUCCCGAGCAUACUUUACGUACCUUUUUCUCGCAGUUUGGACAGCUCCGCUCGUUAGUCUGCUCUCAUCGCGCUCAUUCGGCGUUUAUCAACUUUGCUACUCGCGAAGCUGCCGAGGCGGCUGCGAAGCAUUGUCAGGGCAAGGCUGUCAUUCAGGGCUGCCCAUUACGCAUUCGUUGGGGAAAGCCUAAGCCAUUGGAUAACAUGGACCGCGAAGAGCGUAUGAAGUACGCCCGUGAAGGCCGCUCGGCCGCUCCGACGGUGAGAGCCUCGGGCUCAGGCAACAAAGCGAUCACCGCUGCUGGCGAGGAUCUGGGCAAGCAGGGCCAACCCCGGAGUUACGCUGUCGCCCCGCCCCCAGGUAGUGGCGAGGUUCAAUAUACCAGCAUGUCUGGUGAUUAAUUACGCGUUCACAUGUCCAUAACUUCUCCUUAUAUUGUUCUUGGGAAUCAGGAGGCUUUACUUGUAUGUUCAAAGCAGGCGUUGUUAUGUGUGUCUAUUUAUCUUUGUUACAUUUAUAUCUUCAAUCGAAAUACCCCAAAAGACGCCGAAGGAGAGAAAAGUCGGGUAUACUAUAAUACAAUGCAAAAAUGCAGGUGUUAUCAUGUGCAUCCUUCGUAGGAAACUUCCACUCAGCGACACUUAUGCCGAACAAGCCUUAUGGAUCUUGAUGUCCUUGCCCGCAUGCUUAAUCGAAUCAUUGUCACCACGCUCAAUAUCAUCGUGAAUCCGAAGUUCUAGAAGCCGUAAGGGUUAGCCACAAUUGAUAUCCAACGCAUGUAAACCACUGUGCGAUUUAACUGGUACGACAUACCCCACUUGGCGGCUUCGUUGCCC